AUGAGUUUUCUGUACAGUAGGGCAGGACAAGCGGAUCCAACCAGCAAACAAGAAGCUCAAACUGAUUACGAUGAUGAAAUUUCGAAUGGGAGCCCUAGUCCUGAACAAUCUGGUUCCUCUGUGUCUUCUGCUUCCACUUCGGCUUCUGAAGAGAAAAGAAGAACAGACGAAAGGCAACGCCGAAAAGAAAUCAUGGCCAUCUAUCGAAAUGCUGAUUGGAACGCUGAAGAGAAAUAUCGAAAGGUUCAACAACUAAUGAAGGAGGACGAAAAGGAAGUUGUUCAACAAAAGGGAGACAGAAUUCGACGCAAGACUAUUGGAUCCAUUUAUGCUGACAAAUCCUUGACGCCACAGGAAAAGUUGGGCGAAAUCAAUGAGUUGAACGAGGCAUAUGAGAAUCACUUCAGUGACCCGGCUGAUAAACCAAAAGAAAAAGAUGUUCAGAAACAGGACUCAGGGUCACAACUGCAAGAAGCCGUCCCAAUGGCGGACGCGCCGCCAGGCGAAUUCGACGCUGAAACGACCAAGAGAUUUGCAGAGCAGGAUAGACAACGGCGAAAGCUCAUUCAAUCAGUGUAUGGCAAUUCCCAGUUGACUCCCCAAGAACGAUUGGACAAGAUUUACAAAGUCGAUGAAGCGUAUAAGAAAGAAAGGGCAAUGCUUGAACAAGAGCAACAACUCAAGCAACUCAAGAAGUUUCAAGACCCCGAGGUUGAAAAGGAGCAAGAGAGGCAGCGACGCAAGUCCAUCCAGUCCGUCUUUGAUACCUCUGGUCUCACGCCACAACAAAAGUUGGCUCAGAUUGCAGAAAUCAAUGACCAGCACCAAAAAGAGCUAGAGAAGAAAAAACAGGAGAAGGAAUCGGAGGAAGGAAUGGAAGUUGUGGAUCUUGGCACUCCUGGAGCGAAGUCAGUGACAGUUCGAGAGGUCGAAGACGAUGGAAGCCCAUCAACGUCCAAGCGAAAGCUCAUUCAAGAGGUCUACAAGGACAGGACCCUCACUGCUGCCCAGCGGCACCAAAAGAUCCGGGAUAUCAUGGAAAGACAAGAAGAAACUCAACAGUCCUCGGCAUCCAGAUCUCCAAGGUCCUCAACUCGUUCUUCAAGAAGCGGUCAAUCACCCACACUGCCACCAGGUGCGCCAAUGCCCUCUGUUCAGUCAGGGGACGUUCCCAUCAACACUUUGGGUAAAGAAGCGGCAGACGCAAGAUCCCGGUCUCGGUCUCCGUCUGGAAGUCGUAGUGGCAGCCGCUCUCGUUCCUAUUCAGGCUCAAGAUCUCGCUCUGGAAGUUACAGUGGCAGCCGCUCUCGAUCUUAUUCCAGAAGUGGGAGUCGCUCGUAUUCAAGAAGUCCUUCUGGCUCUCGAUCCUAUUCUGGCUCGGGGAGUCGGAGUCGAUCUGGAAGCCGUUCCCGAUCCGGAAGUUUCAGCGGCAGCCGAUCCCGAUCUGGAAGCUACAGCGACAGCAGAAGCAGAAGUGGCAGUUAUUCAAGAAGCGGCAGUCGAAGCUACUCGGACAGUCGCAGCAGAAGUGGGAGUGGCACCCCCAUACAACAGCAACCCUUGGAUGAAAGUUACAACUCUCAAGGAAGUGGUGGGAGUCUGAACCAGCUCAGUAAGGAAGGCAGUGACGAUGGUUCUGGAUCUGAUGCAGGUGAUCCAAGACGCCGCCGAAUCUGCCUUGCCUGUAUUUGCAUCCUUUUGAUUAUCGCCAUUGUCGUGCCGGUAGUCCUUCUGACCGGGGGAGGCGAUGAUACCCCUGGUCUCCAAGGCGUUGCUCCUGUCGUACCGCCCUCCGAAGCACCAACUGCAAUUGGCGCUCCGCCAUCGGCUCAGGCUACUCCUUCGCCAACAGCAUUUCCGCUUCUUUACGACCCACCGGACGAUGCCCAGUGCUUCGCUAUCAGUGAAGGAAAUCCCAUUUCAGGAGAAGAUAAUUUGGAACCUGUAUUCUUUGAAGUUACUAAGGAAGUUGACUUUACGUCGAGCCCAGAUCAAGAUGUCAAUGAAUUGAUUGAGCUAUUGGAAGCAGCUUUGCAAAGAAUUCUCGGACCAGCUAUUGCGCUUUGUCCAGAUGCCGAAGCCCAAGUACUAUCGCGGAUUCAAGACCAAGCAUUUCUGUCUAUUGGUAUCUUUGGCGCACCUAGUGGCCUCCGAGGUGGCAAUGGCCGCCGAAGUCUCCAAGAAAGAGAUGAAAGCGAGUUUGUUGUCCGAAAUGUUGAUAUGAACUCAAAACUCGAGGAUACCAGUACCUGUAACACCACCCCUGGUGCUGGAGAGGAGUGUAUUGUGGUGUCGACGCUUGUCACUUUAUUCCUAGGAGGCGAUGAAGAAACACAAACCCUACUUGACCGUGUCCAAGAAGCCUUCAAUGCAGGAUUAAGUCUUGAGAACCUUGGCUUGGCUGAGCCCUUCACAGACAUUCGACUCCGUGGCGUUUCUCCAACGGAUGGGUCUGAAGCUCCUUCACUUACACCAAGCUUGGCUCCUUCGGGAGUUCCAUCGUCUUCUUCUGCUCCAAGUAUUACCGCUACCCCGGUGCCAACAGUACUUGGUGCUCCUAGUGUACCAACACCAGGAGGACCAGGAGGACCAGGACAACCUACGCCGGAUGGAGGAAAGGGGAAUGCAGCAGCAAAGCGACAAGCCUUGGUGAAACCUGCUCUUGCUACAAUUGGAAAUUUGAACAAACUGAAUCAGAACGCGCUUGAGUGGAUCCUGAAUGAGGAUUGGUGGCUGCCAGAUGCUCCACUCGCUGCAAGCUCAGAAGUCUGGGUCCAUCGGUACGUCAUGCGGGUUGUCUAUCAAGAGACGGGCGGUAAUAACUGGCUAAAAAGAGAUGGCUGGUUGGGAGGAUCCUCAAUUUGCCGAGGGUGGUAUGGCAUCGCAUGUGUCAACAGAGACACUAAUCUUAUUACUGGAUUGAAUCUAGACGGAAACCAGCUAAACGGACGAAUUCCCACAGAGUUGGGGCUGCUAAAGCCGCUUCGGGACCUCAGUCUUGCAACAAAUUAUCUUAAUGGCGCUAUUCCAAGUGAGAUUGGAAAGCUGACAAGCUUGAGGACUAUGAACUUUGUGGAAACAAAUCUACAAGGCCCUAUUCCGAAUGAAGUCGCAGAGUUGCAAGCGGUAAAGCAAGUCAGUUUUUCCAAUUGA